GUAUUCAUAAAACAAAGGAUAUCCUUGUACUUGCAAAUUUUGAAGUAAAUCCUCCAGAUGGUACUUAUAAUAAUUUGAAUGACAUAAGUAACCUUAUACUUUGCAUAGGAAGUAUAUCCUUCAAAAAUUCUGAGUGUGGUUAGUAGCGGACUCAACUUCGUAACGAAAGGUGGUCAAACGAUGAUGGCGGAAAUUGUGGAAGUCAUGGAUGUUAAAAUGUCAAACCUCGUUUACCUUCACUUGGUCGUGACUUCAAAAAAUUAUAUCGGUUCGACGAAGCAAAUGUACAAUGGCUUGCGGACAGAUUUUUAGUUGACAAUGAAGAAACUCGAAGAGGAGCACUUUCAUGUAUUCAUAAAAUGAAGAUAUGUCUACGAUGUCUCGGUGACCCUGUAUAUCAACAAGGUCUUGGUCAGGAACUUGGUGUUAGUCAAGCAAAGGUAUUUCGGGCUAUGGAUAGAGUUGUGAACACAGCAUAGUUUCACAGUCGAACGAAUGGAUCAAGUUUCCAACUACCAACCAUGAACUGAUGGAGGCCAAGCGGAUAUGGCAAAGCAUGUACACAUUUCAGACAGCAAUUGAUGUAACUGAUUGUACACAUAUAGGAAUCCUGAAACCAAAUCGCCCUGGAGAUGACUAUAUCAACCGUAAAGGGAAAACUACUUUAAAUGUGCAAGCCACUUGUGAUGCCAGAGAGAUGUUCACAAGUGUUGCUGUCAGUUGGCCUGGAUCAGUGCAUGAUUCCAGAAUAUGGAGAAAUUCACAGACUAGAUCACAAGUAAUAAAUAAAGCAAACGUUGUACUACUUGGCUAUGACGGUUCUGGUAUUGAGCCAUGCCUUAUGACUCCCUUCAGAAAUCCUACUCCAGGUGCAGAAAUAAAUUAUAAUAAGCUUUUAAAAUAUGAAAGAGUUAUAAUUGAACGCCGUUUCGGCCAACUGAAAUGCCGGUUUCCUAUCCUACAGUAUGUUUGCCGCGUAAAGUUGGAAAAUGUGCCGAAAAUAAUUAUUGCUUGUACUGUACUCCAUGUUGUGAAAAGCUUGGGCGAUCCUGACUUUGAGUUAGUUGAACAAGACCCAGAUGAUGAUGAAGGAAAUCAUGAGAAUGACAAACUUCCUCUCCGCCAACUAGGUCAACAAAUAAGAAGAAACUUGAGUAUAAUAAUAAAUAGGUUUACUGUUUAAAGUGUAUUUAUAAGUUAUAAUAAGUUUUAUUUUCGUGAACAUCAUAAGUUACAGGUGGCUUCUGACGCUGCAUUAUUUCUAAUUUCGUUUUAUAAUACUCUUGUUGUAACAUACUUGUUUGGUACUGCUGUAAUAGCACUAGACGUUGCAGUUCUUUUGUAGUUAACCCUUUGGUUUCCUCAGUUUCGUAUUUCUCUUGCUAAUUUUUUUUUGGUGGCAAUGUCUUCUGAAUUGCUGGUGCUGUAAUACUAACUGUUUGCUCACUGCGCUCGGUAUAUAGUUCACUCUUCUUCUGAACACUACCAACCUGAAUGGCACCUGUAAUUUUCCCAAUUGUAGGAUUACAGUCACCUUCCAUAGCUUUCAGCAACUUUCUUUCCCAAACUAACAAUUUAAUUGCUUUAUUAC